AGUAGUAUUACUCUAUCCGUGCCGAUUAUUUCUGGCGAGACUUUUAAACCGACGACAGCGGUGAUUGGGCGGCGCAGUCACGGGGUCCGCAGUCUCUUCGCCCUGCCUAGAGUCAGUCAGUCAGUCAGUCGGGGGAAGGCGAGUCUGCCUGCAAGCGCUUCUCUCUGUGUGGAUCCACCAUACACACACAUACACGCUCACACGGACCUUCACACACAAUUAUUGUUAAUUACUGAACCCUUUUCGGUCUUUUGAGAGUCUGUUUUUCCACCAUGGGCGACAAAAAGAGCCCGACCAGGCCAAAAAGACAAGCCAAACCGACAGCGGACGACGGAUUUUGGGACUGUAGCGUGUGCACUUUCAGAAACAGUGCCGAAGCCUUCAAAUGCAGCAUCUGUGAUGUACGGAAGGGCACGUCUACCAGGAAACCCCGGAUAAACUCCCAGCUGGUGGCACAGCAGGUGGCCCAGCAGUACGCCACCCCUCCUCCCCCAAAGAAAGAGAAGAAGGAAAAGCCCGAGAGGCCUGAGAAAGAUCGGGCCGAGGGGGAGCGUCCAGACAGAAAUCCACCCGACAGUGAACUCACAGACAAGGACAAGAGCGAGAAGGAGCAGCCUGAGAAAGAGAAGAAGGACCGGGAGAAAGAAAUCACCCCAGCCAUCACCAAGAAACCCAACAGCAAAAAGAACAAACCCAAGUCAGACAGCCAUCAAAGCCCACCCAGUGAACGAAACAGCAUUCAGUCCGGCAAAUCCACAACCAAAACCAAGAACUCCCACAUCUCCAGGCCCAAGCUGAAGAACAUUGACAGGAGCACAGCCCAGCAGCUGGCCAUCACUGUGGGGAAUGUCACAGUGAUCAUAACAGACUUUAAGGAGAAGACCCGCACCUCCUCCACCUCGUCCUCCACAGUCACCUCCAGCGCCGGCUCUGAACAGCAGCACCAGAGCUCCGGCUCUGAGAGCAUGGACAAGGGCUCAUCCCGUGCUUCGACCCCAAAGGGAGACCUCUCAGUCGGGCACGAUGAGUCAUUCUGAGCACCACGGACGCUGUCGAGACAGCGGGGAUGUACUUCGCCUCCAUUUUCCCCUCACCUUGCCCUGAGCCAACUCAUGUUCAUUUCCAUCACUGAAAGGGGGAUGUAUAGUCCUCUUACCCACAAACACAUACAUACGUACACAUACAUUUGUGCGAAUGGUGCAAACUGAACGGUUGGGCAUACUGUACCUCCUUUCCCUUUCUGGAGACAUCCCACUCUUGUAUGUAUUGUUUUAUAUUUGUACGUGGAUGUGCAGCUGAAUCAACUUUUUUUGUUUUGGUAAAAAAAAAUUAUAUGUAAAUGUCCGCUGUGCACAAUAACCACCGACAUUUUAACUAUUCUGGACCAUUAUUGCUCUUAUUUAUUAUGUUGCAUCUUUCUACUUUUAGAGGUUUGGUUUUUUUCGUCAGUUUCACAAAGCUAAAGUAGCUCAAGCCGACGGCUCCCCUUUAGUGUUGGAACAAUCUUGCCGGAGAUUCCUGAGAAACUUCCCACAAUGGUGCUAGAUACACUGUGAAAUGGUUUCAGUCCUCAGACUGACGUUCACACCAUAGAAACAGAUCCCUCUACUCCUGAAAAACAAUGGAAAUACUUGUGUCCUGGUGUCAGGCUGCAUUCUUCUGUUGCUUUGUUUUGGGAUUUUUUUUUUUUCAUUUUGCGAGACUCAUCUGAAUAUUGGUGCACUGGGGGUCCCUAGAUCUGGUUUCGUCAAUGAACUAAACGGAUGGUGUUUUGCAUCCGCUUUGUUAUGGAGAAGACAGCUGGGAUUCAGAAACUACAAGGAGCAUGACGUGAGCUUUGGAUUUGAACAUUCGGAACGGAGCUUUCUUAAUGCUCACUUGGCUUAACGUCUGGUUUUGCAAAUGUAUUUGAAAUGUUUUAUUUGACAGCUUUUGAUGUCCUUCAUGGUCUACAUAUGAUGUAUUGUAAAAACACUAAAAGGGUUUGACAUCUCGAAGGUUUGUAGGCCUUUAAUGUUGAAGAACCUUUUUUUUUUUUUUGCGUUUGCUAGUUAUUUUUGAUCGAAAGAAACCGAUUUUAAUGUUAGGGCUUUACUCAGCCUUGUUUUAAGACAAACUUGUGACAUUUCCCCCCCCAUUAUUUUCAGAAACUUACUGAUUUACUAAAACAGUCCCACCGCUAGAAAUCAGAGACAUGCUGAACAUAAACUUCAAACUGUCAUUGAAUGCAUGGGAACUCUCACAAGCAUUCAGUACCAACAUUUUUCAAAAAUUUGUUUACUUCAGUGUCACAAAACAUUGACACAAGCAUGAUUUCACUCAAUAUUACUGCUCCCCAUUGACUCAAAAUACUCAAGAUGUCUAGCUGGCGUUUCCCACAAAUCCCAAGGUCAGCAAAUCGUCCCUUUGAACUGUAUUAAACUUGUACAAAGUAUGUGUAUAUGAUAUGAGUUUUAUUUAUUGAAGGACCAAAGGAAUUUGAUAUUGAUGACAUGCUAGGCAAAUGAAUAAUUCAAAAUGUAAUUACCAUAUGUGUGAUAUAUAACAUUUUAAUAAAGUCUCUAAUAUAAUCCA